CGAUAAGAGAAUGGAAAUAAAGAAUCAGAAAAUAAAGAAUUUAAAUUUUAUUAAAACUAUAGAUAGCCCUUUUAGACAAGAGGCUAUUAAUUUAUUAAUUACUAGAACACACAACACUGCUAACUAUUCAGCCUACAAUGACGCUAUCAAUCUAUACAACAAUCUCUCCACCGAGAAGAUCCCAAUAGACGACGAGUAUAUCACCAACACUGAGUCUAGCUUUAAAUCUAAACUGCAAUCACUCGAGUUCGAGUUGAAGGGUUACCUGAAUAACAACCUCAAAGAGUCUAUUCGGAUGUCCUAUUACUCACUUGCCGACUUAUACAAGCAAGCUGGUUUCUUGGAGCAUUCCCUCAAUUGCUAUCUCAAAGCGAGGGAUUACCUUAGCUCUACCGAUCAGUUGAUAGAGAACAACCUCAAUCUGAUCUCGCUAUCGAUUGAGUUACGUAAUUACUCUCUCAUAAAGAAUUCAAUCAUAAAAAUAAACUCUAUUUCACUCAAUAGUAAAUCCAACAAUUUGCUAUUAGCUGCUGCUAUUGCCGACUUGGGUCAAUCAAACUUUUCAAAUGUCGUUGAAAACAUUUGCAAUAUCUCGGAUGCACCAAUUGACGACACUUCUGUCUCUUUACCAGACUCACUCGUUUACCUUUCACUCACAGCAUUGGCAACUCAAUCUAGGAGUCAGAUACGUCAAAGGAUUCUCGAUAAUGAUGCUCUCAGGUCGAAAUUUGAAUUUGAACCACACACUAAACAAUUAUUGUUGCUAUACUGCAAUUCAAAUUACAAAGAACUCUUUGGGUUGUUAGAAGAACAAAAAUGGCGUUAUAUUUUAGAUCCACAUCUGCAUAAUCACGUUAGUGACCUCUUCCAGUUGAUUUAUAAUCGGUCUAUACUUCAAUACUUUGAUAGCUUCAAGAAUCUUAGCCUGGAAAAUUUACAAAAUACGUUCGGAAGAGAUGAUAUCCUCGAUCAGACUAUCCAACUCAUUAAAUCAGGAUCUUUAAAUGUUAAGUUUGACAAAGUAACUGGCAUUUUCCACAAAACAGAGGAGGAUACCCGUCAAGCACUCCUUAGCAAAGCUUUAAACGUUACUAAACAUAAUAACAAAUCAACCAGGCACAUCCUUUAUCGAAUCAAAGUCAUUGAUAAUAACCUCAUCAAGCAAAAGCAGCUUCCAGUAACGCAUACACCACAUAAAGAGAAGCAGAGACGUAACUCUGAUCAACUCGAUAUUGACUUGGAGGAUGACAAAAUGAUUGACUAAAACAUUAUGCAUAUAUACCUCACUUUCCUUAUCCCUCUUGCAUUUUUCAUAUAUCAAACCAAAUUACAAUGUAUAUGUAUAAAUAAAUAUGAUUUACCUCUUCUCCCAAAAUCUAA